AUGGCGCCCGACAGUUCGCAAGGGAAGCGAAACCUCAUCAUUGUUUCGAAUCGCCUUCCUGUUUCGGUCAAACGCACCGAUGGCUCAUAUCAGUCUAGUCUGUCUAGUGGUGGUCUGGUCACAUCGCUCUCUGGAUUGACAAAAUCCACCGAAUUCCGCUGGUUCGGUUGGCCUGGUCUCGAAGUCGCUGAGAAAAAGGACCGAGAGUUAGUAGCCCAAAGUCUUGAUGAGCAUAAUGCUGUCGCAGUCUUCUUGGAUACAAACCUUGCGAAUGAGCAUUACAACAAGUUCUCAAACUCAAUCCUUUGGCCUAUACUCCACUACCAGUCUGGGGUUGUCUACGACGAUGGUCCAUGGCAGGCCUAUAGGCGCGUCAAUGAGCUGUUUGCAGAUGCUGUGGCCGAGGCAGCUACGAAGGGUAGCUUGAUUUGGGUUCAUGAUUAUCAUCUCAUGCUCCUCCCAAAGCUUCUGCGUCAGCGACUCAACAAAGAAAAACCAUGCGCCAUUGGGUUCUCCUUACAUACACCGUUUCCAGCGGGGGACUUCUGGAGAGCGCUACCUGUUCGGAAUGAUCUGCUCGAGGGGAUGCUGGCGAGUGACCUGAUCGGAUUCCACACGGACGAGUACAAGUCGAACUUUAUCCAGACUUGUGCUCAGGUUUUAGGCGCUCGAACAGAGAUUCCCGGCCGAAUUCAAUACAAGGAUCGAUUAGUCGAGACGGAUAAGUUUAUCGUCGGAAUCGAUCCACAAAAGUUCAAGGAUACGUUGAAGAAACAAGAGGUACAGGAUCGGAUCAAGCAGCUGGAGGAGAAAUACAAGGGGAUUACGGUCAUCAUUGGAGUGGACCGACUGGACUACAUCAAGGGACUUACGCAGAAACUGAAGGGAUACGACCACUUCCUGGAUCGUCACCCAGAGUUGAGGAAUAGAGUUGUCUUGAUACAGGUUGCCGUCCCGAGUCGCGAGGAUGUCAAGGAAUACCAGGAGUUGGAGACAGAGUUAAGUACGAUGGCAGGGAAGAUCAAUGGAAAACACUCCACUCCCGAUGGAGUCCCCCUCCUCUACAUGCAUCGCUCUGUUCCCUUCACCGAGCUUACGGCGUUAUACUCGAUUGCGGAUGCUUGUCUUCUUACAUCUACUCGUGAUGGAAUGAACCUCGUGUCGUUUGAAUACGUUGCCUGUCAGGAACAACGGCAUGGCGUCCUGGUGCUCUCCGAAUUCGCGGGAGCAGCUUCCUUCAUGAAAGAGGGAAGUAUCAGUUUCCAUCCUGCAAACACAACGGAACUGGCAGACGCUGUCUAUAAAGCUGUGACAAUGGGCGAGGACGAGAAGAAGAAGAAAUACGAGUAUCUCAGAACCUUCAUUGAGACUAACACAAGCGCUCGAUGGGGUGAGACGUUCAUCGACAGGCUGUCUAAACACAUCUAA